CCCCGGUCGCCAUUUUGAGAGCAGCGCUGCACUCCGUCUGUUCUGCUUCUACAUCCUCCUCUUCGAAAAGAACACACAUUUAUACCCGAGUGAGUUGCUGUGUGGCGGGAACAAAGCCAUUUCAAUCUACUGGAUAUGGCCACGGGAGCAAACGCGACUCCUCUGGGGAAGUUGCACCCGAGCAUCGGCGCUAAGCGAGGCUUCGACGCCGGGCCUGGUGCUGGGAACGGGCUGAUGCCGACGCCGGCGCCGCCGGGACCCUUCCCCGCUCUGCAGGCGUUCCAGCCGCCGCUGCCGGCCACCACCUUCCCUCAGUCGCACCCCUUCAACCCGGGCACGGGCUUCCCGGCCCCGGCGCAGCCGCAGCCGCCUUCUGCCGCGGCCAGCCUGGCCGCCGCUGUGGAUUUUGCACAGAAGAAAGCAAGAAAAAAGAGUCGCUGGAGCAGCGAGACACCAGACCAGAAGACAGUCAUCCCGGGAAUGCCCACCGUCAUUCCCCCGGGACUCACUAGAGACCAAGAGAGAGCAUACAUAGUCCAACUGCAGAUUGAAGACCUGACUCGUAAACUGCGUACAGGAGACCUGGGAAUCCCUGUAAACCCUGAGGACAGGUCUCCCUCUCCAGAGCCCAUCUAUAACAGUGAGGGCAAAAGGCUAAAUACCCGCGAGUAUCGCACGCGAAAGAAGAUUGAGGAGGAGCGCCAUGCCCUUAUCACUGAAAUGGUUGGACUCAAUCCAGACUUCAAGCCCCCUGCAGACUAUAAGCCCCCUGCUACCAGAGUCAGCGACAAAGUCAUGAUCCCACAGGACGAAUACCCUGAAAUCAACUUUGUUGGUCUGCUCAUUGGGCCGCGCGGUAACACCCUGAAGAACAUUGAGAAGGAGUGCUGUGCUAAGAUCAUGAUCCGAGGGAAAGGCUCUGUGAAAGAAGGGAAGGUUGGCCGUAAAGACGGUCAGAUGCUGCCGGGAGAAGACGAGCCUCUGCACGCGCUGGUCACAGCCAACACCAUGGAGAACGUCAAGAAAGCAGUGGAGCAGAUCCGCAAUAUCCUGAAGCAGGGCAUUGAGACGCCGGAGGACCAGAACGACCUACGGAAGAUGCAGCUGAGGGAGCUGGCCAGACUCAACGGCACGCUGAGGGAAGACGACAACAGGAUUCUCCGUCCUUGGCAGAAUUCUGAGCCACGCAGCAUCACCAACACCACCCUCUGUACAAAGUGCGGUGGAGCAGGUCACAUCUCCUCUGACUGCAAGUAUACCAGCACGUUUGCCGCCCACAGAGCGACGGGCGGCGAGCCGCCUCAGUCAGCGCAGGACAAAGCUCGGAUGGACAAGGAGUACCUGUCCCUCAUGGCUGAACUGGGGGAAGCUCCAGUCCCCUCUUCUGGAGGAGGACACUCUAGUUCUCAGUCCGGACCCCGGGGCUCGGGCCCCAACAGUAACCAGCCGCCACCAAACCGGCCUCCCUGGAUGAACUCCAGUCCCAGUGAGAGCAGGAACUAUCAUGGGAUGCACGGAGGGCCCACGGGCCCUGGAGGACCUCAUAACUUCCCCCCGCCCAUCCCCAGCAUGGGGGGUCCACCCAUGCCCCCUAACCCCAACGGCCUUCCUCCCCCCUGGAUGCAGCCCCCUCCACCUCCCAUGGGCCAGGCCCCUGGACCUCACGGACACCCAAUAGGUCUGCUCCCUCCUCCGAUGGGUAUGAUGCCUCCCCCGCCUCCUCCCCCCAGCAACCAGCCCCCCCCUCCCCCCUCCGGGCCCCUGCCCCCCUGGCAGCAACAAGCUCCACCGCCCCCACCCACCAGCAGCAUGGCCACCAGUUCACCACUGCCCUGGCAACAGAACACCCCCACCACCACGUGCAGCUCUGGUUCCGGAUCUCUGCCUCCGUGGCAGCAGCCCCAGCAGCCGGCAGCCUCCGCUGCCCAGCCCCCCCUGCCCAUGGGAACCCCGUCCAUGGUCCCUCCUCCCCCGGGAGUCCAGCCCCCGCUGCCCCCCGGGGCCCCCCCUCCUCCCCCUCCACCCCCUCCAGGCUCCACCAGCAUGAUGUACGCCCCCCCGCCCCCCCCACCGCCCAUGGACCCCUCUAACUUUGUGACCAUGAUGGGGAUGGGGGUUCCGGCCAUGCCGCCCUUCGGCAUGCCGCCUGCACCGCCGCCUCCGCCCCCGCAGAAUUAAUGAAUCCACCACACACAAGGAAUUGUCUUCACACAUCCUGCAGCACAUUCUACACCUGCUACCAAGACAGAUGUAGACACAUGUUUUCAGUUUCCAUUCGCUCACGGAAGACCAAUAUGACCAGUGCUUUAAUUUGUAUUGAUCCUUCUCAUUGUGAAGACCUAGCUGACACAAAAAGGCUCUGUUGGUUCUUUUUAAAGUUUCUAUUAACACAAAGAUCUUGGUGUGCAGACACUGGCACUAUUAGAUGUUCGCAAUGCUAUUUUGUCAUGUUUCUCGUGAACUGAAUGAAUUUGCUCAGACUGGUCCAGGUUUAAUUUGUGCUCAACAGUCUUAUAAGCAAAAACCGGAACACUUUGGUUUUAAUCUAUCGAAGCUCAACUUGCAUGAUCCUGUUUAAAUGCCUCAUUCUUUCCAUGUAACAAACUUGUAUUACUGUCUUGUUUCUUGUCUUGGUUUUGAGCCGAAUAAGAAAUAUUUUUGUAAUAAGUGGAGUGGAUCUUAGUUCUGUAAGACAUUUUUAGUUCUGAGAUUGAUUUUUCAAAAAUGCACAAUUUCUAUCUUGAUUUCACCAGCCUGCGUCUUGGUUGUAACGUUGAGUUUAAAGGGGGGAACCUCGGGGCCGCUACAAUACUCCCUUGUUUUCUGCACCUCUGUUCUGAGGAAACGGUGCAGUGUUUGUGUUGCUUCUACAAGGGGUAAUAUUUUUUUGUCCCUCAAGUUAUUAGAGCAAGAAAUGUUAGUUUUUCUUGGAAUCAGUCUUAUUGCGCUAGCCUGAAUGAGUAGUUGUUGAAUUCUGCUUGGUUUAGUAUUAAAACUGUUUCAGCUUCCCCUUUUACAUCACCAGUGUCCUGGUUUCUCUUUUCAGGUCAGAUAUCCACUCAGAUAUCGUCUGUUUGUUUUUUGUUUUUUUUUCCCAUCCUUCCACUUACUAGGAAUUUCUUUGGUUUCCCAAAAGUGUGUUGUUUUGUAAACAGUUUUGUUAAGAUUGUCUGCUUUUUUUUUCUUAAAUAGGAUUUACCCAACUGCUUCUUGCCACACCAAAUUAUAUCUACUUUGAAUGACAUAUUUUAUUUAGUUAUACAAGUAGGGGAUUCUUGUUUCAGCACCAUGGAUAUUUUUUUUUCUUUGAUAAAAUAAUCCAUUAACUAGUGUCAAUUGGAAUUUGUAAUGUUAUGGUUUUGUCAGUUACAGAUAUAAGAUCAGAUGUUAUGAAAAUGGGAGGAAAGAAAUUAUUUGAACUUUUGGUUGAAUAAAUGGUGUGGUGCACUGUC